UAUUCGUUAACAGUACAUUCCAGAGUAAUCUAUUAUAGUCCGUUUAUCUCCAGGAAAUACAUCAUCCAUCGCCUGAACAUAAAAACAGUAUGAAAAAAGAUAACUCGACAAAUGAAUGUUAAAAUGAUUUCGAUAAAUAAAUAAACAGUGAAAAGACAUUGAGAGGAGAACAAAAAGCAGUGAACGAAAAUGACUAGAUAUUGGAACUAUUUGAAACAGAAAUACACCAAAGUUGGAAAAGUGAAAGCAUGGAAUUCGAGCAUCUAUAUAUAAUCGCUCUGGCGAUCUUAAAUCGAUGCAUGCUUCACUUCCGUUUUCAGAAAAUACUAUAAGGUCUCACAUUGCAAACAAAGUUAAAAAAUUUGCAUUUUGAAAAUAUUAAAAUGGCUGUUCCUAUUACUUGGGAGGAUGUCUGUAAACAGAAGAAACUAAUAAUUGUGAAGCAGAAAGGAUGUGGUGUGCGAACUAGAAAUGAACUUUCCCUAAAACGGACGGACAUACAGUUUAUUUCUAAAACUGAAAUCGAAAAAAGACAAUCAUCUCUUUCUCCUAUCCUAAUCAUGUUGUUUAUUUUAUUUUUGCUUAAACUCAUUACUAAAUCUUUUAAAGCACGCACUAAAAUGAAAUUUAAAACCAUAGAGAAAACCAGAAAAGAGUCACAGGGUAAACUCCAUGUAAAAUUAGGAUGGAUAUUUGACAAUAUAAUUAAACCGUGGCGCUAUGUUCCUUGCAAUGUAUACCAAACUUAUCCGUUUCUUCCAGAAGAAACUAGUUCAUACUGUCAAAAUGGUGGACAAUUACAAGCAUCCACAAAUAUGCAAUUUGAAGGUGCACGAUUUGCUACUUUUGCUACAUUCCCACAUAUUCCUGGGAUUUUCGCAACUAGAUUGGCAGAGGCAGGUUUUUAUUAUACUGGAAGCGGUAACGAGGUAGUAUGUUUUAGCUGCGGUGUUACGUACAGUUGUUGGAGACAUCAUGACUCAGCAUUCGAAAUUCACAAACGUAUAUCCCCAAACUGCCCUUUCAUAUCAGAUGAAACAGUAAAACACAAUGAAGGAAAUCAGAAUAUUGGUGGAAGUGGGGAUAAUAAGAUUAAAGAGGAGAAAAAUUAUCAAAAUGCAAGUGCUGCAACAAGCUCCGGGAAUACCUUCUCGCCGCACGAUAAAACACAACGUAACAAAAACGAUAAAGAUUCUGUUUCCGGAACUUCUAUAAUUAGUAAUCCUACAGAAAGCAGAUCAAAUGCAGAAACUGUCGCUACUCAUGGAAUUUUAACUAACAGUAAUCAAAACUUGGUUUCAACUUCCAAAAGAGAACAAAAAGUUCAAAAAUCAGAUGCAACCUCCACCGGAAAUAAAUUGAAAGAAUCAACUUCAUUGCUUAUGGAAGGAACACCAUCUUCAGAACUAUUAGAGAUAGGAGUAUGCUUUGAUAAAGCAAAAUAUCCAAAAUAUGCUAUUCGAUCAAAUAGGCUUGAUUCAUUUAAUCAUUGGCCGAGUUACCUCACACAAACUCCUGAAGAAAUGGCCACAGCAGGUUUUUUUUUCACUGGUAUUGAGGAUCACUGCCGGUGCUUUUUCUGUGGAGGAGGAUUGAGAAACUGGGAACCAGAAGACCAGCCGUGGACAGAACAUGCUCGCUGGUAUCCGAAAUGUGCUUUUGUAAGACAGAUCAAAGGAGAGAAGUUUAUAGACGAUGUGCAAUCUAAUGGAUAUCAACCAAUACUACAAGAAUCAGGGGAAUUGAAUUUAUGCAGUAGGCGACCUGAUUUAACAUCGACUGGCAAGAACCAAGUUACAGAUCAUUUCAGUACUCAUCCUGCUGUGUUGUCUGUUAAAGAGUUUGGAUACAGCGAAAGUCUGAUAAAGAAAGCUUUUGAUUUACUUCAGACAGCAGGAACAAAAGUUAUCACUGGUACAACCUUAUUUGAAGCAAUAUUAAUGAUGGAAGAAAAUACAACCAGGCACGAGUCUAAUAACACUCUAAAGAUGGAACAAGCAGAACAAUCAGACCUAAGUAGUAAUGAGAAACCAGAAACCACAGUAGAUCCAGAAUUUGAAUUAUCAAUCAGAAGUUUGGAGGAAGAAAAUCAAAACCUGAAAGAUCAACAGACUUGUAAAAUAUGCCUAGACGAACCAAUUGCUAUUGUUUUUCUUCCAUGUGGACAUAUGGCGUCUUGCGCAAACUGCGCACCAGCUCUACGAAGAUGUCCUAUAUGUCGGGUGUUUAUUAAGGGAACUGUUAAAGCUAUAAUGUGUUGAGAUAUAAAGCAAUAAUUAACUAAAGGCAUUUGAUCUGUAAUGAAACUGUCAACAACUUUAAAAUUUGUGUCAAAAGUACUAGCUGUAGUUCAGAAUCUUUUGUAGUAGUGCCAUAUUUCUUAAAAUCCGACGCAUCGUGAAGGGCGAGUGCCAUG